AUGCUUCCCCACUCUUUGGUCCUUCCCGGCACUCCACCUCGAUCUGGGACCACGACACCCCUCACAGACGAAUACGGUCUGCUUAAGCACAAUCUCAUCAACGACGGCCCCCUCGACAUUCGCAACGGCAGCGCUGCGACGGAACUGAAAGUAGUUGCACCGCCCGUCACGUCCAAUUUUCCUGUGCCGCAGGUCGAUCCCACGACUGGCAGCGAACAUUCCACCCUGUCUUCCAUUCGCAGCGACCGUCCCUUGUCUUACUACGACCCAGGCGAGACGAAACCACUGACGCCUCCUGGAGCUGCAAACGUACUUUCCGUAUCUGGUCCCGGCUCUGGUGACAGCCGCGACGCAUGCACCGGCAUCAUGUCGCAAGGCCCAUCAGCGCCGCAGAUCUCGCUGCUUUCUCAGGCGAUGCAGCAGCAUCUUGCACGUCAACAGAUGCAGGGCAUGCCAGGUGGCGACUCGCAAUCGGCGCAUAGUGCGGCGCAUACACCCUCAGGCUCAGCGCUGCCGUCGCCCUCCUUCCCUGGUUCCGCCUCGCCUUUCCAAUUCAGCAAUGCGGGUCCCUCUGGGUCCGACGCCGGUAUGCGGGCACCGAUGCCGCCUCACGGCAGUUUCGCAUCUGCCGCCAACCACAUGCAGCAGCCUUUUGGGUCGUAUCAAAGUCACGCCCGUCGGCCGAGCGCCUACGCAUCGAACCCGCACUCUGCGGCUCCCAGCGCCGGUCCCUCGCGAUCCUCGUCGCCGUCUCGAGCCGCUCACGCAGACAUCUCUUCCCAUGCUAUCGGCAUCAAUGCGCAAAUGCCCGGACAAAGCCAACUCUCAAGCUCAGGUCAGAUCGGCCCAGAAUAUGGGUCGACGUUUGGCAGCCAACGGACUCUGAACGGAUUUGUUCCGCCGCCUCCUGGUGGCAUGAACGCCUCCAUGCCACCCACGCCUGGCUCGUACACAAGUCAGCCAGGAAUGGCGUUUGGUUCCAUGCCGCAGAAUUCCUUCCUGCCUCAGCAGGGCGCGAUGAUGCCGCCCACCGGCUUUCAGCCCAUGCCCAACGACCGUCAUCUGCACCAGCAGCAGAUCCAGCAAUCGCAGCAACCGUUGCUUCAUCUCUCGCAGCAGCCACCCCAAUUCAGCACUUACCGUGGUGGACCCGACUCUUUGAUAUCGCCGCAGACAGCGUCGACCGACUUUGGCGGCUUUUUCCCUCCUCCUUCGACAGCAGCAGCACCCAUGACCGCGUCCGGAUCGCAAGCUUCGAUGCAGCAGCGCGGCAGCAUUAGUCGUCCAUCUAACGCGGAGGCUCGAUCUCGGCAGAGCACAGGAUUCGCGGACGAAAUGGACAGCAUGGCAGCCAUCCCCGGCGGUCUCAACAUGAGUCGCCGCGGUUCUGCAGGAGCGGAGGACGACGAAGAAGACCAGAAUUUGGAUCCGGACGAGAUGUCCAAGAAGGAUCCGCUGGCUACCCAAGUCUGGAAGAUGUACGCCAAGCAAAAGUCGCAGCUACCCAACGGCGCACGCAUGGAGAACCUGACAUGGAGGAUGAUGGCCAUGACCUUGCGCAAGAAGAAGGAACAGGAGGCAGCAGAGGCCAAAGUGGCACUGGAAGCGCAGUCCAACGCCAGCAAUGCGAGCCGAAGCCACGCAUCCAGCGCCCGUCAUUCGCCGACUCUUUCAACCAAGUCAGGUGCGGGCUCUCGAAGGAGCAGUGGCUCGUUCCCUGGCGACGCGUUCGCUGGUGGCUUCACUGCAAUUCAGCCAGCAGGAUUCGACGCUGCUGAUUCACAAUCUCGCGCCGCUAGCAGCGUGCUCAAGGGCAAGACUCGCUUCGCCGAAGUCAUCCAGCAAGAAGAAGAGGAGCGUGGACGCCGAGGUCGCAGUCCCAGGACACCCGAAAGCACAGCAGCGCCGGCAGGAGCGGUGGACAUCGUCGACUGGAGGAUGAAGAGCAAGAGUCGGUCUCGUUCGCGUUCGGUCAGCGCCAUGGACGUCGACUGGCGUGGCGUCAGCCGGUCCCGCUCCCGUGCACCGGCGCGUCUCGACACCAUCGAAGACGAAGGAAUUCUGGAUGGAAGCAACCUGUUCAGUCGAUCCGCUCCCAAUGCUGGAGCUGCCUUCAACUUUGCCGAUCUCGCCGCGUUCGACGACAGCGACGCAUUCGGUGCCUUUGACAGCGCCCUCGACACGGACGACUUUGCCGAGCUGCUCAAGCCCAACGGCCCACUGGGCGAUGCUUCUCAAAUGCCCAGUGCCAUGGGUCCUGCUUCCGGGGGUAGCUUUGACAUCGGCUCCGCAGGACCCAGCGGCUCGCGAAGGACGGCGAGUGCCGUGCGCAAAGCUCAGAUCCAGACGGCCUUCCGCCAAGCAGCGCACACCGAUCUGUUCGGCGCGGACCUCGAUGCCUGGUAUGCUGCAGCAGAGGCCCAAUCGAAAGCAGCAGAAGCCAAGAAGUCGAGUCUCGACAUGGCUUCCAUCGGAGCCGCCAACAGCUUCGGGGCGCCGUUCUCGACUCUCGACAGCAUUCCUGGCAUCGGCGACUUUGUCGGCAUCGCGGCCAAUCAGCAUCCCGAGUACGGUUUCCUGCCCCGACUCGUCCGCAAGACCAGUUUCGACCACAAGGUCCGGGACAGGAGCAUGUCGCGGGGGCCGCGUCGCGACCAGCUGGCGGCCGAAGCCAUGAACAAUCGCAAGCGUCCCUUCCGAGACGACCUGUCGCCCGCAAGGCCGGCCAUUCAGAUGCCCAUCACCAUGGAUCAACGUAUUGCCGCCGGUCUAUCGCGCAACAUUGCAUCGCUCGGCAUGCGCGGUCCCGGUCCCCUGCAGACGCUCAACCUACCUAUGUCGACCUUCGACUUCGCAGUGCCUCCUCCUGGAGGUCUCAACCAACAGCAGAUGGCUAUGGGCACCAUUCGAGCCCCCGGUAGCAAUCUUCGUCCAGGCGAGGCGCCAACCGACUUUGACAGCUUGCUCGAAACCCUCGCAUCCCAAGCUGGCACGCCCAUGGCGAGCCCUUCCGGCAACAUAAUGGCAGGAGCCAGUGCAUCCCCUCAGCAGACGAUGGGCAGCGGCUCGGGAGCUUCGCCGGUCGCACACAUGGCGGGACCUGGGCAUGCGAUGGUCGGCAGCUUGCCGCCUUCCGCUCAGAACUCGUCCGACCUGGAAGCCAUCAUGAACAUGUUCUACAACUCGGACGCUGGCCUUGGUGGACCGCAGCCCUCGUUCACGCACGUCAACCCGAAUCAGGUGUUUGGAGGAGGGGUCCCAGAUGCCAUGUCAGGUUCGAUGGGCAACCUGACGGGAUCCGGCGACGAAGGUUCUUCGACAUGGACCUACAGUCCAUCGAGCAGCGCAGCUUCGAACGGAGCAACGCCGCCUGGCCUGCACCAUUCGCAGUAUCAGUCCUCGCCGCUGGCUGGCGGCUACCGUCGCGACCUGCCUGUGGGUCAAGAGCCAGGUGCGCCCGGCUUCUCGCGCUCGAAUGCCUCGCCGAGCAUGCAGGCGAUCCAGAAAGCGGCUGCGAUGGGCGAAUCUUCCGGAUCAAAGAAGAUGGGUUCGAUGCCCGGUGGCCAAGGUUUCAUCCCUGGUGCUCCCAAUGGCAUGCACUCACGAGCUGCGUCAGGACCAUCGUCGGGUCAUCCGGUCAACCUCAAGGAUCUGCCGUCAGCAAGUUCGAUGGCCACCGCCGAUCCUCCCACCGUCUGCUCGAACUGCAACACCACCAAGACACCGCUGUGGCGACGUGAUCCCGAGGGCCAGCCCUUGUGCAACGCAUGCGGCCUGUUCCUCAAGCUGCACGGCGUCGUCAGGCCACUGUCGCUCAAGACGGACGUGAUCAAGAAGCGAAACCGUGCCAGCGGAGCGCAAGCUGCGCGUGGUCGCAACUCGAUCGGCGGUGGGAGCAGCAGCAAUGCCCACAUUGCACCAGCUGGUGGACAUCUUGGUGGAGCAGGCGGACCCGCAGGCAAGAAUGGAUCUGGCAGCGGAGCACCGUCGAACGCGUCUGGCGGACCUGCCGGACGAAACAAGACCAGCACGAACGGGUCGGUUGCCGGGAUUCGAACGGGCAACGUACCCAUCGCUCCGGCGCCGACUCCGCCUGUCUCGUCGCCUGGCAGCACGGGCAUGUCGUCAACCAAGGUCGAGAUGAAGCGUCAGAAGAAGUAG